CUAAUUUCAGUUGCAGGUGCAAACAAAUUCUGUAAACAUGUCGCGAAAUUACUGUGGCUACAACCCGCCUCCUCCCAAUUUCAAAACCUUUUUUCCGGACGAAUACAAAGAUCGUCUGCAGCGUCUCCCGAACUUUGGGAAAAUGCGAAGAUCUUGGGAAGUCCACAAGCGACCGACACUUAUAAUGCUCCAUGUGUUUGCCGAUGAUUUUGGAGCUCUGCGGAAGUGGAUGCACAUGGCUUAUCAACUGGCAGCUCCAGAGGAUUUGGGCCAACAUAUGGAUUUCUACGCGGACGAUUUGUGGCAGUCAUAUAUCUUCAAUGAGGAGGAUUUCACCUUUUUUCGUAGUGACGAAGGUUGCACCGUGGAAUCAGCUCCUCUGAUUUAUGCAGUUAAUGCCAAGGGUAAGGUGUUCUUUUUUGGCGAUUUUAGUGGCCCGAAAUCGCCCGAUUUGGAAAGUCUUAGGGAUUUUUGCGAGCAGUUGAUAAAGGGAAAGUUAGAGGAACCCAAGACGAGAGAAACCAAGGUGGAGGAUAUCAACUUGGCUAACUGGAACGAAAUUAUAUACUCUUCCGAUGAAGAUAUAGCCCUGUGCUUCUACAACUCCCUCCAGAAUGGAACGGAUAUCAAUAAAAACCUUAUGACAAAUCUGGAACGACUGGCCGAUAAACUAAAACAGGAAUCGGUGCAUCUGUACAAGAUGGACUUAAAUGGAGUUGAUGCACCCAAAAAGUUCGCCGUCGAGUCUACACCCGCCUUUUUUGUCCUGCAAGGAGCCCAAAAAUAUAAUCCACUACGAUGCAAAUAUGAACUUGGCACACUAACAAUGCUGAGAUUUGUAGCAGAAAACACCACUGAGGAGCUGAAUUAUUAUAAUCGUCGAGGUCAUCGCAAACUUCAUGCGGAAUUGUUGGUCCACAUAAAGGAUUACUUCGAUUUAAACAAAAAAAAUCAUGGGUUUUUUUUGUGAUUGUU